GGUGCUGAGGAGGCAGGGCCGGCUGCCGCUUAGAGACGGCGCGAGAGACGGCGGGAGCAGCAGCAGCAGCAGCAUGGCAACGGUGGCGGCAACCAAGGUCCCUGAAGUCCGAGAUGUCACACGAAUUGAACGCAUUGGUGCCCACUCCCACAUCAGAGGGCUUGGCUUGGAUGACACAUUGGAACCCCGACAGGUAUCACAGGGAAUGGUCGGCCAAUUAGCUGCUCGUCGCGCUGCUGGUGUGAUCUUGGAAAUGAUCAAGGAGGGCAAAAUUGCUGGUCGGGCUGUCCUGAUUGCUGGGCAGCCAGGCACAGGAAAAACUGCCAUUGCCAUGGGAAUGGCACAGGCGCUGGGCCUUGACACACCUUUCACAGCCAUUGCUGGCAGCGAGAUCUUCUCCUUGGAGAUGAGCAAGACAGAAGCACUGACUCAGGCCUUUCGCCGUUCCAUUGGUGUCCGCAUCAAGGAGGAAACAGAAAUAAUUGAAGGUGAAGUGGUAGAGAUCCAAAUAGAUCGCCCAGCAACUGGUACUGGUGCAAAGGUGGGAAAACUUACAUUGAAAACAACUGAAAUGGAAACAAUCUAUGACUUGGGCACCAAGAUGAUUGAGUCACUGACCAAAGAAAAAGUGCAGGCUGGAGAUGUAAUCACUAUCGACAAAGCCACUGGGAAGAUUACUAAACUUGGACGUUCUUUUACUCGCGCACGAGACUACGAUGCCAUGGGUUCACAGACAAAGUUUGUGCAAUGUCCUGAUGGAGAGCUGCAGAAGCGCAAGGAAGUGGUGCACACAGUCUCGUUGCAUGAAAUUGAUGUCAUCAACAGCCGCACGCAAGGCUUCCUGGCCCUAUUCUCCGGUGAUACCGGAGAAAUAAAGUCAGAGGUCCGGGAGCAGAUCAAUGCCAAAGUAGCUGAGUGGCGAGAGGAGGGCAAGGCUGAGGUGAUCCCAGGGGUUCUGUUUAUUGAUGAAGUCCACAUGCUGGAUAUUGAGUGUUUUUCCUUUCUCAACCGGGCCUUGGAGAGUGACAUGGCACCUGUCCUCAUCAUGGCUACCAAUCGAGGCAUCACAAGGAUUCGUGGCACCAACUAUCAGAGCCCUCAUGGCAUCCCUAUUGACUUGCUGGAUCGCAUGCUCAUCAUCUCAACCUCUCCCUACAGUGACAAGGAAACUAAACAGAUCCUCAAAAUCCGAUGUGAAGAGGAAGAUGUUGAAAUGAAUGAAGAUGCCUACACAGUGCUCACUCGGAUUGGCCUGGAGACCUCCCUGCGCUACGCCAUCCAGCUCAUCACAGCAGCCAACCUGGUGUGCCGCAAAAGAAAGGGGACUGAGGUUCAAGUGGAUGACAUCAAGCGUGUGUACUCAUUGUUCCUGGACGAGUCACGCUCCACUCAGUACAUGAAAGAAUACCAGGAUGCCUUUAUGUUCAACGAAGUCAAGGGAGACACCAUGGACACGUCUUGAGGGCCUCUGCAUACCUGAUUUUGUUUGAGUGUGUGAGAAUGGAUGUUCUUUUAUUAUUAAUUUGUUUUGUAAAAUAAACCUUUUGGGGAAAA